UCUCCCCCAAAGCAUACGAGCGACGCCCAUCCUGACAUCACAUCCCGUUCUGGGGUGCCGGAAAGAACAUCGCCGUUGUUCCCGAGCCAGCAUUCAAGCUUCGCGCUCUGCAGACGCGCAGUGUCGCGCGUCCCACAUCUGCGGUGAACCUUUCCGACCCGGCCAAAGUUUUCGCUCUCCAAGCUUCCGGCGCAUCUCCAGGGCACCUACAAGGCCAGUGCGAUGUCGUCCAGCACCACAACCGUUCGCCAAACCACGGUGACGACGUCCGGUUCGUCGCCAGUGGUUGCCCUGUCGGUGAAUACAGCGUUCCUGACAAGCAUUGGAGGCAUUCUGACACUGAUUGAGCUGAUUCUGGGUAUCAUCGUGUUCAGCCUGUGCUACAACUACACCGGUUACAGCUCGGGCAUCUUCCUCCUGCUCAUCUCGUUCACGUACUGGCUCAUCUCCUUCUACAUUCUGCUGUCCGCCUUCUUGUCGGCGUCGGGGACGCUGCUGCCUAGCACCUUCUUUUAUUUCCUGUUCCACGUGUUCGGAAUGCUGCUGUACGCCGCCGGCGGCAUUGCUGUGCUGGCUCAUGUUACCAGAUUCAGCCACUCGGGCGCCAUUGCUUCGGGGGCUCUGGGACUGAUAGCAGCCAUCUGCCACGUGGUGCAUGUGGCGUUCAUCUACAAGGGACCCAAGCUGUAGUCAUCAAAGAACUUUAGUGCUGCUGAACGGGCGUUGAUUCACGCACAUUGAGCCCAGUCGACUCUGCGUUGUGAUGGGCGUAUGAUUACUCCACUGCCAUAAAGUUUAUACGCGAAAAUGUUUCAGGGCGCCUUAAAGCAUGCAGCUUUACUUACGUUGGGAAAUAAAGUUGUUUCUUGAAUAGAUACGAACUACUAAGCUGACAUGUACAUGUGAUCUGGCGUAGGAAGGCUUAAGUAGAAAGUGAAAUAUAUAUCUGUUGAAACCAUACAAUAGCUGUUCUGUGCCAAAGUUUCGUGCCGUGUCAGUGCGAGUUUCUAGCAAAAAAAAAAAAAAAAACUGAGAAAGUUGAUUUGCCUUAAACAAAUGUUUCUUCUGAUUAGCCACACUGCCCUGUUACGAUAAGCAAGAAGGAAUCUGUGCGCAGCAUAAUGAACCCGAACUAUACUGCAACUUAUGUGAAAGUGAACGCGGAUGCUAAGCAGACUAGACCGAAGAGAUUACAACGGGAAGCGUUUGCCGUAAAGGUCGGUAGGAUUCCAGUCUGAUACCAAUGUACACUGCGAAUGGUAACUACAGGCGUCUCAUCACAGGACGCUCUUUGACCACACUUUAUUUAGGCUAGCCUGUCUUCGCUUACUUAGGCGGGGUCAAUAUUUGAAUCCUUAGGUCAUUGAUGAGAAAACUUUGUUCGGACAAGUACAGAUUGUAUAGACACUAUAUACUGCAUACCGUUUCUGUACGGCAUUGUUUAAAGGCUUUUCUAUGUUGCAUGGCCUAAAUAAAGAAAAGGAGCGAGAGAGAGAGAACAAAGGUGUGACUGGUUGUUACAGGAAGUGUGCUAUGUUAUAGCUAACGUUAACAGCUUUUCACUUGUUUGGAACAUAAAUAUAAAACCCCCAUUUUCCUGCUGACGGUCGUGGUGGUGUCUUAAUUGUGAUUGCUUUAAAAAUACCACCCGUGAGAAUGCCUCCUGUGUGGGAAUAGAGUACAGAAGAGAGAGUAAAAGGUUGUUUGAUUAUUAAACGCUUUGCUAUACAACAGAACUAAGUAUCAUGAACAGAUGAAAACCGUUGUGGUCGUUGAAGCGCAGUCAGGAAACACAAGAACCAUAACGGAUCCGUCACCAGGUCUGUGUACUUAUAACAACACCUGAAUAAAGAUCACGAAAUUGAA